AUGCUGGUUACCUAUUUGGAAGCCAGCCGGGACCUUUGCGAGACGGACUCAAUUCUUUUUGGCGCCGCGCUGGCAGUCUGCCGUAUCAUAGGCGCCAAGGUUUCCACGGCUGGACGCGCUACUGGCCAUAGUAGCGCUAUCCCAGCAUGGAGAAGAAGAAUUGAGGAACGUAUCGCAAAGGCUAGAGCUCUCAUUGGCAGACUGAUAUGCUUCAGAUCAGGCAACAACAGGCCAAGAAUUGUGCGCACCGUCAGGAUGGCGUUUGCUGGGACAAAUGUCAGUUUGUCCCAGCCGGAUAUAACGCAAAAACUGACGGAGCGCAUAGAUGAUCUGAAGCAGAGAAUCGCUGCUUGGGGAAAGCGGAUUCGGCGAUAUACCGAGAGGUCGACACGGUUCAACCAGAAUCGUCUCUUCCAGAGUGAUCAGAAGAGGCUCUAUGAAUCAUUGGAGCGACCAAUGGUAAGUGGAACGGGUCCAGCACCGAAUCAGGCCGACACUGUAGCAUUCUGGCGCGGCCUGUGGUCAGAGCCCGUAAACCACAGCGAGGGCCCUUGGACGGAAGUUGUGGCGAGUCAGUGUGCGGGUAUUACGCCCAUGGACCCCGUCAUCAUAACGUCGGAUGACGUAGCUGAGGCGGUUCGUAGGGCCCCGAACUGGAAAAGUCCGGGGCUUGACGGGCUGCAUCACUACUGGCUGAAGGGGUUCAUGCGAUUCCCAGAUGCUCUCAUGUGA